GUAAAUGCGCAGGUAAGGAAAACAAAGGUGCAGUUAGUGCAUGGGUUAAGAGUGGAAUUUGGCAAAGGGUCUGAAGCUGAGCUGCUUCUUCAGAAAUAAGGAUGAAGGAACUGGAUACCCUCAAGCGACAGGACUUCUCAAAUGUCCUAACUACAUGUGACAAAGCAAGGGGAGAUUUGAAAGCUGUGACACUGCCAUCUUUAAAGCACCAAGCUAGAGAUCACUGUUUACCAUCACAUCCAUUCUUUCUGACCUUCAGUUCAGUGGAUAAUUUAAUUUACAGAACUGCAGUUUGUUUUUUCUUAAUGUUUGAUUUAACUGAAACCCAGAAUUUAAAACUGUCUUUGCCACCUGUCAUGGCUAAUCAACCAUUCUCAGUUUUUUGGAAUGCCCCUACGGACCUGUGUCAGAUUCGAUAUGAUAUGUCCCUGAAUCUGGAUUCUUUUGGCAUAAUUAAAAAUCAGAAUGAAGCUCUUACAGGGAAUAAUGUAACAAUAUUUUAUUAUGAUCAGUUAGGCCUGUAUCCAUUCUAUGAUAACAGCACAGCAGUGAAUGGAGGAUGCCCUCAGAAUGCAAGCUUACAAAAUCACUGCACUAAAAUGAUUGCAGAUGUUAAAAAAAUGAUUCCAUCAGAUUCCUUCAGAGGUUUAUCAGUCAUUGACUGGGAGAACUGGAGACCGCAGUGGGUGCGGAACUGGGAUAAAAAGGAUAUCUACCGGAAACAAUCCCAAGAACUGGUAAAAGUAAAAAACCCUCACUUGACAAAAGACCAAAUACCCAAGCAAGCUCAGUGGGAAUUUGAUUCUGCAGCUCAGAAUUUCAUGACUGAAUCACUUAGACUGACCAGAAGCUUAAAACCUCAUGGCUGGUGGGGCUACUAUCUCUUUCCUGAUUGUUACAAUUAUGAUUAUGCAACUAAUUUUGAAAACUUUACAGGGCAGUGCCCUGAUAUUGAAAUACAACGUAAUAAUGAAUUACUGUGGCUUUGGCAGCAAAGUAAAGCUUUGUACCCCUCUAUUUACAUGGAAGAGAUACUGAAAUCCUCAGAACAAGGCAGGAAGUUUGUCAGAGCAAGAAUCAGAGAAGCUAUGAGAGUGGCAGACAUGCCAGAUUCCAAGAAUUCACUGCCUGUUUUUGUCUACUCACGACCUGUAUAUGCUUAUACAUUUAAGCAAUUAACAAUGAUGGAUUUGGUGCACACCAUUGGAGAAAGUGCAGCACUUGGAGCGCAUGGAGUUGUCCUGUGGGGAGACAUUGAAUUUUCAAGAAACACGACUAACUGUAUGCUGAUCCGUGACUACAUAAGAAGCGUUUUGGGACCAUAUGUUAUCAACGUCACCAAGGCUGCAGAACUUUGUAGCCAGUUUACAUGCAACAAAAAUGGACGAUGUUUAAGAAAGAAUCCAGAAACAAAUAGUUACCUUCAUCUAGAUGGACAAAUUUUUCAAAUUCAAGAACAUACCGAUCGUCACAGUAUUUCAUUUAAUCCAAUAAGAACACUCAGGGAACAAAUACAGAAAAUGGGAACAGAAUUUCAGUGCCAGUGUUAUGAAGGCUGGAUGGGAGAAAGGUGCAACAUGCCAGAAAGCACAGGAACUAGGCCGCAGUUGGCCAUAUGUAUAUAUAUAGCAGCAUUUUGUGGAAUGUUAACUUGGGACAGCUUGCUAUGUGGCAUUUUUUUAUUUUUGUGGACAUUGAAUUUCCAUUCAUUAUCAUAAAACAAUGACUUUUAUUAGGUUUGUUCAAAGUUGAAUU